UAUAAAUACGAGUCCGUGCGCACAUCUGCACCACUGCAGCGCACAGGUUAACAACAAUUUAACCGCUUCCCGUUCACGGAUACAAUUCUUCUCUUCAGGAGUCAAGACAACUGCAACUGCAAACAUGCCCAAGUGCCCAAAUUGCGACAAGGAAGUGUACUUUGCGGAGAAAGUGACAUCGUUGGGGAAGGAUUGGCACCGCCCCUGCCUGAAGUGUACAAAGUGUAGCAAGACCCUCAGCUCCGGAUCACAUGCAGAGCAUGAGGGGAAGCCGUACUGCAACAAGCCCUGCUACGCUGCCCUGUUCGGACCCAAAGGAUUCGGACAUGGAGGCACCGAGAGCCACACGUUCAAAUAGACACCUACAGGUUCAAGCUGCUCAUUAAAGUUUUGCAUGAAGAUAAUCCAAACCUCAAGCAGGAAGACCUGCAGUGAGACCCCUGCCGGCUGGUUUUAGGACCCCCCCCCCGUCUUCCUUCUGCUAACGAUGUGUCAACCAUCCCACCCCUCCCCCCCCCACCCUUGUCCCGUACUAAUGUGGACAUUUUAAUAAAACUCGUUAAAAAGGCUCAGAUCUCGUGG